AUGUCGGACGAAAAGUACGACAGACCUCCUGUACCAUCUCCAGAUGCACAGAUGAAUGGUGGAGUAGACGACAACAAACUAAACAAGCCAGAAACUUGUGACAGCUCUGCAUCAACAAAAUAUCCGCCCACGCAGGACCAACCUUCUCAGAACGGGCCUCAACCGGAAGGCAACAAUGGGUAUCAGUUCAACCAAGACCCUUACUAUAAUGUGAACUCCAAAACUGGAGGGGCACCUGUAGAGUCCUAUGCAGAUGCGUUCCCUAUUGAGGAAAAGGCGAGGUGGAACGAUUGGCCGUUCACUAUCUUUUUUAUACUGACAUGCUGUGCAUUUAUUGUAAUUGCAAGUAUAACACUGAGAGCGUGGUCCCAUACGUACGGCCAAACUGGUUCUGGAAUUUACACCGAAAGUGAUACAGGAACAUUGAACACUAAUUCGGCAAUCUUGUUGGCUUUCGUUUGUGUUCUAGGGCUGUGCUUAGCUAUGUUGGGGCUCACGUUGUGUAGGUUGUACCCACGAGUUUUCAUCGUAUGCGGGAUCAUACUCAACAUUAUUUCCGGGUUGGCUACAUCUAUCAUGUACUUCUCUUUGCACUACUGGUCUGCUGCCAUUGUGUUUUUGGUUUUCACGCUAUUUGCAGCCUACUGCUACUGGGGAAUGAGACACAGGAUUCCACUGGCAGUUGCCAUCUUAAAGACGGUCAUAGACGGUAUGAAGGCCUGUCCACAGACUUUUGCGAUCUCUGUAAUGGGGACAAUCGUCGGUGGUGCAUUUGCUGCUCUGUUUUCAAUGGUCAUCGUGGCAACAUACAUCAAGUAUGAUGAUACAGGGAACAACCCUGGCUGUGACGUCUCUGGUGGUAAUUGCUCCCACGCCAAACUUAUCGGUAUCCUAGUGCUCGUCUUUUUCUGCGGGUACUACAUAUCCGAGGUCAUUAGAAAUGUGAUCCACAUGACUGUUUCAGGUGUGUUUGGUUCGUGGUACUACAUGUUCAAAUCUGACCAAGGUAUGCCCAAAUGGCCCGCGUUUGGAUCCUUCAAGAGGGCGAUGACUACUUCAUUCGGGUCCAUCUGCUUUGGCUCGCUAAUUGUAUCGUUGAUUGAAACUUUUAGACAGGUUCUCAAUUUGAUCAAACAGGGGUUGGCUACCAAUGGGAAUCUGGGGAAUGCCGUGCGGAUUGUGUUCAUGAUUAUCGACUGGAUAAUUGGGUUUUUACAAUGGAUGGCACAAUAUUUCAACCACUAUGCGUACUCGUUCAUUGCACUAUACGGGAAACCGUACUUGAGAGCGGCAAAGGAAACCUGGUACAUGAUUAGAGAAAAGGGGCUAGACGCUUUGAUCAACGAUAACUUGAUCAAUACAGCUCUAGCCUUCUACACCGUCUUCUGCAGUUACAUUGUAUCUUUACUCGCCUUUUUGUACCUACGGUACACCAAGCCAGAUUAUAAUAGCAACGGUAGUUACAACGGAGCGUUGAUCGCUUUUGCGUUUGUUAUCACAUUGCAGAUUUCCAAUAUUGCAAAUGAAGUCAUCAGGUCAGGAACGGCAACAUUUUUCAUUGCCCUUGGUAACGACCCAGAAGUGUUCCAACAUUCCUAUCCAGAAAGAUUUGAUGAAAUUUUCAGAGCCUAUCCUCAGGUCUUGAACAAAUUGAAUCACCAAAACGUUUAA